UCUUUGUGUAGACAACCACAAGGCCUAUUCUGCGCAGCAGAGUGUCUGUGAGCACCACAGAACAAGGGACCCAGCGGGAUGAUUUUCCUGAUGCACACCAGCUUCCAAGGAGACGGCUGCGUCUGAGGUUUGCGAAGAGUCCUCCUCGUGAAGACAGUAAGGAGAUCCACAAACUUGAUGUCAGGAAAUCACCACGUCUUGCCAAGCGGCUGAAUCCAUACUCAACGGUCAGCACCGAUUCCGAUUGGCAGGAACGCAGUGGAACUAAGACAGAGGUGCAGGUGGAUGAGAGCUGUGAGCCAGCAGUGGUUAAACAGAAUGACACACAAAGUCCAAAGAACAAAGAGGAGACGGGGACAAACAAAGUUAAUGAAGAAAACCUGGAAAUGGUGAUGGAUGAGCUUCCAAGGAGACGGCUGCGUCAGAGGUUUGCGAAGAGUCCUCCUCGUGUAGACAGUAAGGCGAUCCAGAAACCUGAUGUCAGGAAAUCACUACGUCUUGCCAAGCUGCUGAAUCCAUACUCGACAGACAGCACUGAUUCCGAUUGGCAGGGACGCAGUGGCACUGAGCCAGAGGUGCAGGUGGAUGAGAGCUGUGAGCCAGCAGUGGUUAAACAGAAUGACACACAAAGUCCAAAGAACAAAGAGGAGACGGAGACAAACAAAGUUACUGAAGAAAACCUGGAAAUGGUGAUGGAUGAGGGUGACGUUUCACGGCAAUCACCGCGUGUCACUGACAGUGGCCCUGUGCCUGAGUGCGAGUCUUGGUCAGCAAACGCCACCUACAACAACGAGCUGGACAGUGAAAGUAACGCGGAUGCUGCCACAGGCACAGACUCCAAGACGAGCUUCCCCGAGAAGGAAAUCCAGACUGUGAUUUGGAAAAUCGUCAUCGGAGCUGAGGAGCAAUUGAAAGCCAAAGCCUCAGAAACAAAAUUGCUGCGAGAUGCCUCCCCCAGGAAGACUGGGCCUGCCGAUUCCCCCAGGGUGACUGGGCCUGCAGCCUCCCCCAGGAAGACUGGGCCUGCCGAUUCCCCCAGGGUGACUGGGCCUGCCGAUUCCCCCAGGGCGACUGGGCCUGCAGCCUCCCCCAGGAAGACUGGGCCUGCCGAUUCCCCCAGGGUGCAUGGAUCUGCCGAUUCCCCCAGGGUGACUGGGCCUGCAGCCUCCCCCAGGAAGACUGGGCCUGCCGAUUCCCCCAGGGUGACUGGGCCUGCAGCCUCCCCCAGGAAGACUGGGCCUGCCGAUUCCCCCAGGGUGCAUGGAUCUGCCGAAGACCCCAGCGUGACUGGGCCUGCCGAUUCCCCCAGGGUGACUGGGCCUGCAGCCUCCCCCAGGAAGACUGGGCCUGCCGAUUCCCCCAGGAAGACUGGGCCUGCCGAUUCCCCCAGGGUGCAUGGAUCUGCCAAUUCCCCCAGGGUGACUGGGCCUGCGGCCUCCCCCAGGGCAACUGGGACCACAGCCGCCAACAGGAAGUCCCUGGAUACUGUUGGCAAAGGAACAUCUCUAAUCAAAACUUGGAAUUUCAGGAGUAAAAAUCAUAAAUCGGAUGAUGCACUAUCAAACGUUAACGAUGAAAAUGAGGCAGAACCUCUGACUGCAAGUGUAGGAGACUUGGAGGGAAUGGAACUGAAAAUGCAGACAAUUGAGAAGGCUGAGGUAAAGGAGGAAGAUAAGGUCAUCGAAGAAGCAAAUGAGCAGGCGACCGAAAUUCCAGUAGAGCUGAGCGGAGAAACAAAAGAGAAUCACGUGAGAAAACACAAGGAGAUAACCAAAUCAGGGCAUCACCUGAUUGUGAGUAACCUGGAUUCCUCAAAGAGCUUUGGUGAGCUGCAAAUUGCCAUCAUCAGCUUCUUCGUGCGGAAAAGAUUGUCGGUCACUUCAAUUGGGAUCAUGAAAUCCAGAAAACGUGGCCGCGUAACAUUUCUCACCAAAGACGAUCUAAACCAAGCGUUGCGGAAUAAUGGCGAGGAAUUGUUGGGCCACGCCUUGCGGUUGCAUCGACCAGAGAAGAUUCAGGGACCUUUGACAACUGCCCCUGGGAAGAAACAAAUGCCAAUGGAAUUGGACCAAGGCUCCGCGAUUCGGACAAAGAAGAAAAGACAUAAGUCGUCAGUUUUAUUUAACACGAGCAGGAGGUGUUCAGCAUGUCUCAUAAAGAAGAGAAUCUCACGAGUGGCUGCAACUAAGAAAAGCAGGAAGAUUUCUGCAUCUCCAAUCACGACGAAAACAAUGACACAAGGAGAGAAAAGAGAAGAGGAAAGAUCCCCUGUUCCUCCGUCUCAGCAGAAGAAAAGAAAACUGGACGAAGAAGUGCUUUUAGAUGAGAGAAAGGACAAAGCAGCUGGGCUUGCGAAGAAAAAGAAGAAAAAAAUGGAAAAAGCUGCAUUGAAGGAGGAAAGAGAAGAAGAGAAAGAGGACGCUGUCCCUCCACCAAAGAAGAAAAAGAAGAAACAUCAGGAGAAAGGUUCUUCUGCCGAAGAUCUUUUCAACGAAGAAAGGGAAGAAGUGAAAACGGCCGCUGCCUUGCCACCAAUGAAGAAAAAGAAGAACAUUCUGGAGAAUGUUGCUGUAAACGGGGAAAGAGAAGCGGUGGAAGACCGUGUUGAACUGCGAAAGCCGGAGAUAAAGAAACACCAAAAUAAAACUUCCUGGUGUCUCCUUCUGCAGAAAAUUGGAUUUCAGGCAAAAAAAUCAAAGAUGAAGGCAGCCAUUGGAAAUUUUCUAAAUGGAAGUUCACUGAGCUACAAGAAGAUUGUGCUCUACCCUUCCAGGUGCUCCGCCUACGUUGAGCUGUGCUGUAAAGAGGAUCUGAACAAGGCAUUCGAACUGGACGCACGCAAAAUCUUUGGGCAAGCAGUGAAGCUGAACAAAGUGGAGAAGCUAGGAACACUGAAGGAAGGUGAUUGCAGGACGCUCUGCAUUAAAAGUCUUCCAAGUGAAGUCUCUGCCAAGAACCUGAAAAAACAGUUGGAGCAAGUUGCCGGUAUUUGGAUACAGGAGAAUCAGAAAAACAGCAAGAGGUCUGCCUUAGUUGCGUUUAAGACCGGUGAAGAUGCGGAUGAUGCCCUCAGUAAAUGUGAAAUUGAAUGCAAGGGAAAUCCAAUUCGAUUGCAACCUGUGCAUCAGAAGAACAAAGAGAAAAAGAAGAUUCUUAAAGUGACAAAUCUUUGUCCGUUGAGCAAGACCUUUCUAAAAUCUCUGUUCACCGAUGCUGAGAAUGUCCGGAUUGUUAAAGAAAAUGUUGGCCAGUCACAAGGGAUUGCUUACGUAGAAUACAGGACAGCCAAGCAGGCCAAGGUGGCUCUCAAACAGUUCCAAGGCAAGGGGGUUCAGGGCCAGGCGAUUCGAAUUGCCUCUCCACCAGAGGGAGAAGAGAGGCCAGGGAAGAGACUGCUUCGAGAGGUAAAGAAAAAGAGGCAUGAAAGGAAAAAUGCUGACACGAAAAAGAAAGGGAGCCCAGGAAGGCGACUCCACGAAAAGAAGAAAAAGAGUAAAAGAUGCAAGAGUGAUCUAUCGCGUACGUACCUGCGGGAUUACGUGGCCUCGUGCUUGUUUAUUAAAUGUGCGUCUAAAAUAUGCCCAUGAUGGAAGGAAGAUAGAAGAAAACUAUAAUCAAUGGUCAAAUUACAAUUCUGUGGUCCCGAAUCUGUGACAUUUUGUGUUUUGGCAGCUGGAAUUCCCCCCUCCCCCCGGCUACCCUGAUAUUUUUGAUAUUCAAUUGAAAUCCAAAAUGAAAAUUCUUCUGAAUCUGAUAUCAUGUUAUUACAUUCCCGUGUUUUUAAUACAUCAAUGGAUGUAUGGCAUGCCCAAGUUUUUAAAUCUGUGUUGUGUCCUAAACUGCCUUAUUUGCAGCUUGUCCUCCAGUUAUGAAAGGAUGUGUGUUCUUGGAAAAUAUUUUCACUGAAAUUUCAUAAUUUUAAAUGGCUGGGAGCAAAAUGUACUAUGGCAUUUUAAAUGCAGUGAAUCCCUGGUGUCGGGAGAGCGUAACGCUAUUAAUUAGAGGAAAUGGCUUCUUAAAUCAGCAUUAUGGUGAGAAUUUGUAAAUUGAGUAUUCCCUGUGCUGGAGGAACUCAGCGGGUUAGGUGGUAUCAGUGGAGGGACAUGGGCAAAUGACUUCAGUCCUGAACCAAAACUCCCACCCUCACCAGAUUCUGCCUGAGCCACUAAGUUCUUCCAGCAGGUACAGGGUUUCGGCCCGAAACGUUGCCUAUUUCCUUCGCUCCAUAGAUGCUGCUGCACCCGCUGAGUUUCUCCAGCAUUUUUGUCUACCUUCGAU